AUGCUGACCUUACUGAGCGCAAUAAUUUUCAUACUUGCACCUGUGGCCUUAGCCCAGCAGUCAGCCUGGGGACAAUGUGGGGGUAUCGGCUGGACUGGCGCUACUACUUGCGUCUCAGGGAGCGUAUGUUCUAAGCAGAAUGAUUGGUAUAGCCAAUGCAUUCCUUCAACAGCAGCUCCCGCACCCAGCUCUACAACGGUGGCAACACCUUCUUCCACGCCUAUUCCUCCUCCUGCUGGUGUCAACUACUGGUUCAGCUUCGGCGAUUCAUACACGCAAACUGGCUUUGACCCCUCUGGUGCCAUUCCAUCGCUUGCAAACCCAAUAGGGAACCCCCCGUUCCCUGGAUUCACUGCCACCGGCGGAGCCAACUGGGUCGGAUUUGGGACAACCACCUUCAACAAGUCGAAGAUCUUCACAUAUAACUAUGCCUACGGCGGCGCGACUAUCGACGCGAACCUCGUCGCUCCAUACACGCCUACCGUCAUUUCUCUCACUCAACAAGUUGACCAGUUCCUCACUACAGUAGCCAACAAACCUCCCUCGACGCCGUGGACCAGCGCCAAUUCCCUGUUCUCCGUUUUCAUUGGAAUUAACGAUAUUGGGAACAGUUACUACUUGUCGGGCGACCGGGCUGCUUUCUCUGACACUCUUCUGAAUGCCGAAUUUGCCCUUGUACAGAAAUUACAAUCAUGUAGUGAUUCUGGAGCAAGGAAUUUCCUCUUUGUCAAUGUCCCACCUAUCGACCGUUCUCCUCUGGUACGAACAUUGCCUGAUAAUCAUGCACGUCUCGCAGAAAAGACGGUUAUCCAGGGCUUCAAUACAAAGCUCGCAGCAAAAAUAGCCGCAUUCAAAGCCAAUCACACUGGCGUUGAAACUUACACGUGGGACUCGAGUGCCACAUUCACUAGGAUAUUGGACUCGCCCACAACGUACGGGUUCAGAGAUGCCACUACUUUUGGCGAUGGGACUGGCAUAUUCUGGGGAAAUAACUACCAUCCUUCAAGUCAAGCCCAUCAACUUUUCGCGCAAGACGUUGCCACAGUUCUCCAAAGCACCAUUUGGUAA